AUGUAUAUUUUCGCAUGUAUUUUCCAAUGUUUUCCACAAUUGCAGCCGAAACUUUUCGGCUCCGGCAGUAUAAAUACCCAUCGUCGACGGCGUCCUCCUUGGAAAAAGAAGGCAGAUCAAAAAGCACGGCUGCCAUAUUCGUCACGGCGAUAG